AUGGUGGUAUCCACUCCGUCCUCGCUCGCAGUCUCCAAAUGCCACCUCAAAAAAGCUGUGAUGCGGCUUCCAAGCCUCCGGCCCCUAUACAUACCCCUCUCACACCCCCUUCGCCCAUUCCAUAGCUCCUCUGCAGCAGCCAAGACCGAUGUUUUCACCAACAGCCUCCGGAAGACCCUAGAGGCUCAUCGGUCCACCAAUCGGUCUCGUCUGGUUCGCAAAGUCCUUGCGAAUGAAGAUCCAGCGGGGCUUUGGCGGCCUGAAAUCCCACCCCAGAGUCGCGCCGACUAUCAACCAUCAGGCUCGGAACCUUCAACUGAUCUUCGACACAACCCAAACUCGGAUGAUAACCGCCCGAAAAAGCGCACAAAACGCAGAACCCAGGUGGAUGUGUCUUCAUCCAUUUCGCGUGCGAUUCAACCUGCAGGCACGAAUCCGCAAACUCCGUGGUUGAGGCACUUGGAGCUGCCUCGCGCCAAUGCCGAAAUAACGCUGGACACAGAAAUUCGGGCGUUGGAACAAUACCUAACCCCGAAUGCACAGGAAUCUGAGGUCAUAAAGAGCCUCCAGACAACAGUUUCCUUACUUCUCAAGCCAGUGGUUCCACAUGUACCGAAAGUCAUUGGGUCGCAUUGCACGGGCCUUGCACUGGCGCACUCGGAUCUUGACUUCAUCAUACCCUAUCCAGACCCCGCUCGAUCCCUAGACCGUGACCGAAGACCGAGCCCUACACGGCCUCAGAUCCAAGAUGUUCACGUUCGCCUUCUGUGUCAAGUCGAAAAAGCCCUACAGCACACCGAUACAUUCAAGCAAGUCCAAUUAUCUGACCGAAGCCUGUCUGCUCGCCACCUGCCAACUGGACUGGUACUGCAAUUCUACUGUGGUGAGGAUGUCCCUGCUAUCACGGAGUAUUUGCAGGACUAUCAGGUCGAGUACGCCGCUUUACGACCACUAUACGCAACAACACGUACGUUGCUAGAAACACACGGCCUCUUUGGCACGCCCCAGGCUGGCAUUGGUCCGGACGCGCUCGCCAUGCUCAUUGUGGCAUUCCUGAAGUUGAACCAUGGCCGGUUUACUAGCCCCAAUCAAUUGGGUGGCCUGUUCCUUGCUCUGCUGCAAUUCUAUGGCACUCAGGUUGACAUUCAAUCCGUCGGUAUCGCCGUGGAUCCUCCCGGGCUGUUCAGUGCAGAUACGCUACCUGUAAAUCCCCACGCUCAUGACCCCGGCCACCUCCGCGGUCAGCGUUCACUGAUCAAUGCGAAACGGACUGCUGCGGCAAAGCGGAACUUGCUUGUCGCGCAACGAUUAUGCAUUCAAGACCCUACCCAUUAUAUGAACGAUUUAGGCCGGUCAUGUACUCGGGCUGCAGAACUGCAAUGUACACUUGCAACUGCGUAUCAGCAGCUUCGUGGCGCAUGCGAUGAAUGGGCAAAUGGCGGCUCCAAUAGCCCUAGUAUCCUUGCCACUGUCGUACAGGCUAAUUUUGAUCGCCUAGAGGAUAUGCGCAAUCAAAUUAUACAGAAUAGUGGAUGA